UGGGCUGCGACUUUCUUCAAUCUCUUCCUUCAUAUAGCUUUUCAUCUUUUAUUGCAUUUUUGUCUUUUAUUUCUAUAUAACUUGCGCUGCGUAACUGAUGGCGCGACGUUCAUCAACCACCUUUGAAUUCUCUAUUCCUGGUGACGAGCUUGAACAGUAUCGCAUUCAGCUCGAACAGCAGAUUCAAAACACGGAUUUAUCCCUCCAUCUUUCGUCUUCUCAAGGGGACGACGAAAGCGUCGAAUACCCGAGGCACAAUUCUAACCAUUCCCUAGGCUUUGCAUCAUUCGAACAACCCAGUCAGCACUUUGACUACGAUGCCCCCAGUGGCUUGCAUGCAUGGUCCUUGCAUGAAGACGAGGGCGUUAAUCCUUAUGCCGGUGAGACGGUCUCCACAAUUGGCCACCAUGCUAGCGCUGUCACAAUCGGCGCGGGUCUCGGCGGUCGUGGCCAACGGAGAGAAGUCAGUCUCAGUGGUGCGGAGUACGACCCAGAACGCCCGCUGCAAGACAUGAUUGCUGGUCUGGACAGUCGCAUCAGCAUCUUGGAGCCUCAGUCCAUCUCCAAGUCCAGACAGACGCCCUGCUCUCGUGGGCCCCUCGAUGCAUCAGCCGAGUACGAUCUAUCUCAGGUUUCACACCCUGCGGCACUUGCAGCAAGACUUCGUUCUCCACCUCUUGACCUUGAGUCAGCCGAGUCAGAGGCAGACCACUCGUUGAACAUCUCCCGCCGCAAGCUCUCCGACAACUUGCAGCGUGUUGGUUUCUCUCCCCGACGGCCACGCAAUUUACAAAGUCGUGCCGCGGCGCAACAGAUCCCUAAAUACAUUCCAUCCUAUUCCCGAAAAGCAACAACUCCGAAAGCACGCAAGAUAUCUCAUUCCGUAUCUUUUGACGUGGAUGCGACGCCCCCGCAGGUGAAUAUCCAGCCGCCCACACCAUCCGCAUCUAGCUCCAAGUUUACACGUAUGGCGAGGGGCCUCGCAAAGGAUGUGCAUGAUGCCCAGGCCGAGGACGCUGCACUAUUCCAGAACCAAUCACAGACUACUACUACUACUACCCCUCGUGUGGCGCCUGCGGGUUCUCGUCGCGUCUCGACGAAGCACCACGACGCACUGAAACAACCCCUUCAUGACGUCGCAGAUCACAGUGCCGUUGAUGUUAAUGUAGAGAUCUCCCAAACAAAUCGAUCAUUUAGGAAAGCGAGUAGAGGACGAGUAAAUCUCCCAGACCUAACUGGCCUCACGAGUGCCGUUGUCUCUCCCGCGAAGGCCAACCUUGAACGUUAUGGCAUCAAGACCGCCAGUUCAUCGAAAGAGGUUGAAUCCCGUCUCAUAGCAUCCCUCAAUGCCCUUCAUGCAAAACUAGCUCAUCUCGAAACGGAGAACGGCAUCGCUCGCCGCCGUGUUCGGGAACUCGAACAUGAGCUCCAACAGUGUAAACGUGAUGUUGCUCGUGAACGCUCGAGAAUCAUGGAACAAGAUGCAGGCGAGCCAUCCUGGAAGAGAGGCAAAGAGGAUCAACGAGAGAGAGAGGAAGAGCAGUCAAAGUAUUUCGAGGUUGUGGAAGAAAAGAAAGCGCUCGAGUCCUUGAUAUCUACUCUCCGCUUGCAUCUCACCCGCGUCACUGCAGACUUGACAGUGCAGCAGCAGCUCCUGGAGGACCUUAAGAGGUUCAGGGAGGACGAUGUCAAGAUGCUUGCCCAGAAAACAGAUGAAAUCGGUGCCCUUCGGCUCGAGGUUGAGAGGCUUGCUGGUGAAAUUGAGGUACUCAGGAAUGUGGUAGAAGAGGGCCUUAAUGAGAGAAGAAUGGCGAGGGAGCAGCAAUCACAACUUGUGGAAGAGGAAGACGAGGUUUCUGUGCCGGACCAGUCGAAUCAGGAGCUAAACCAAUCGCAUCAGGACCCGGACCCGGUGAACACACGCGCUAGUUUUCAGUCAACGAGAAGGUUUAUUGACGUGGACGAGCUCACGCGGAUAUCAGAAGAUCUAGAGGAACGAAGAUCUGAACGGUCAUCUUCUUGUGGAAGCCCUUCCGUGUCGUCACGACGUAGCUCGCACUCGCAUCCAGGUGACAUGACUCGGCUCACUGACUCCGACAACGGCAGGCGUCACCCCACUCGAAGGGAGCCUUCGGGCGAUGAUGAAGCUGCCCCUUUGCCGCAUAUAUCGGAAGACCUUGAAGAACAGCAGUCUGAGGGAUCCUCUUGUGGAAGUCCUUCCCUGUCAUCCCGACAUGGCUCGCGUCCAGGUGACAUGACACACGCUCGGCUCACUGAAUCCGAAGAUGGGAGGCGGCCCGCCACUCGGGGGAAGACUGUGAAGGAUGAUGAAGCCGCUCCUUUCCCUCGUAUCCGUUCAGGUCGCCUCGAGAACUUAUUCUUCUCCGCGCCGAAACACAACUCUGGGACAUGCACUCGGUGUAAUCACCGUUCAGCACGUACUACGAGCCAUGCAAACCCCAAGAACAGACGCCAAAGUCAGGGAUGCGCCCAGGGCUCCGACGAACAAGUCAAAGACGAUCCUCUUCAGCACCGAGCCAAUGCCUUUGAAGCCGAAGGGAUUGAUUCCUACGAAGCCAUCUUCCAGGGCGACAGAUUACCACCACAGACUGUGCUCGCCAGAGUAUUGCGAGAACUCGAAGAGGAAUUCACACAUCACAAAGGGAUCUAUAGCGAGCUAGCUGACGAGUACAAGGCCAUGGACUCGAUGGCACAAGCAGCGAGGCGGCGCAUUGUCGCCGAUCAUCUUCGAGACAUUAUUGAUCUGAUCGAGCGCAAGGGCGAUCAAAUUCAGUCACUAUAUGAUCUUUUGAAAUUCGAAGAUAAACCAUCUUCACUAAAUCGGCAACGAACAUCUUGACAAUUCCGUCGGCAACUUCUGGGUAGAUUGAAAUUAAGUGUCGGGCAGCGUCUGUUUUAUUGUACACACAAUUGUAGCUUUCCGAUCCAAUUGCAUUAAUAUGUGUUGCCUACGGUGACUUGUGCGGCGUUCACAUAGCCCAAAAGAAUAACAC